CAUUUCGCCCAUAAAACCAAGGGCGCGGACGUCUCGUUUGCCUGGAAAACGCUCGCUGCCCCGUGCCACUGCCACCACCGGCCUACCCGCCCUCCACCUCCCCGUUUGCCACGCCGCCGCCGGAGUCGAGCCGCCACGAUACAACAAUGCCGCGCGCCGGCGUCGUCGUCCACGUCCUGCUCCUCUUCGUCGCGCUCACCGCCUGCGCCUGGCCCGCGUGCCGUGCCACCCACAACAUCACCGCCAUCCUCGCCGAGCACCGCGAUCUCGUCGAGUUCAACCGCCAGCUCACGGCCACGGGCCUCGCCGACGACAUAGACGGGCGCAACACCAUCACGGUGCUCGCCGUCGACGACGCCCACAUGGCGCAGCUCAAGGCGAAGGGGCUCCCGCGGGACGCGCUGCGCCACGUGCUCUCGCUGCACGUCCUCGUCGACUACUACGACGACGCCAAGCUGCACCGCCUCCCCGGCGGCUCCACGGUCGUCUCCACCCUGUUCCAGGCGUCGGGCGACGCGCCAGGGAGCGAGGGGAUGGUGAAGAUCGUCGUGCGCCGGGGCGGGCGCGUCGCCUUCGUGCCCCAGGACGUCGACGACGCGCGGGCCAACGUGUUCUACGUCAAGUCCGUGCAUGAGGCGCCUUACAACAUCUCCGUGCUGCAGGUCAGCGCCGUGAUCACGUCGCCGGCCGCCGAGGCGCCGUCGGCGCCGGAGUCGAAGCCCAACACCACGGAUCCCAUGUCCAAGCACGGGUCGCAUGCUGGCGCAAGCACCGCACCGUCGCCAGCGGGGCAAGGGUCAUCCGAGGCCGACACGGCGAAGGGGAAGCAGGCCGGGGACGGAGGAGAUCGCGGCAACAAGAAUGGUGCCAGCAGCGGCGCGGCUCAGUGUGGGCUACCCUUCGCUCUGGCGUUUCUCAUGGCUGCCUUCCUCGUGGUGAAUUGGUGAUCGUGUGAAGUUGAGCACUAAGGUUGUCUUGUGAACUACUGCUUUUUUGGGUGAAUUUGCACGUUUCUGUGCCACUUUCUAUUGGGGAUUUCGUGAGUUCUUUGCAUUCUUAGGUACUUAGGUUCAUGGUGUAUUGGUGCUUGAAAUGUGUUGAAGGGUGGUUUGUAAGUUAUUAGUUC